AUGUCCCAGCUUUCUACGGAUAUAAACAAAUUUUUGCGAAAUCUUGCUGUCGGGCAGAGUUCUUAUCUGUUUGCAAACCGCAAUGUCGGUCCUUCACCUUCCGCGGAUUACAUGGUGAUAUCCAUGCUUAUCAACAGAAGUCAGGCCGACUGGAACAAGCCACAGAAAUAUCAACAAUCAGACAAUUGUGACGAGCCUGCAGCACCUAAUGAGAGGAGCUCCAGCUCCAGCCCAAGCCAUCAAGUCGCAGGUUUAAAGGAGAAAGUUGCUAAACAGGGAGGAAAGGCGGCGUAG